AUGCAUCUCGUUACCUCAAAAAACCUAAGGAAUUCGCUCAGGCUCGCUGCGGUCAAAAACCGAGUUUUGAAUCUUCUGGAACAAAAUCCCUCAUUAGAGCUCCCCCAAACAUCAAGAUACAGAUUGCCCGCAACUUCGCACAAUCUCCGCCAUGCCAGCUACAUGGGCAGGCUAAUCGAUGCAAGUGUUCGAGAUAACUCCUCGUUCAAUCCCACAGAAAUCGCCGCAUACCAAGACGUCACAUCGAAGAGAGACCUUGAUCUGCUUAAGAAGUGGGUAGACACCAAGAUGAAGUAUAGUCACAAAGGUUAUCGCCUUCCAAGAAGAUACACGCCUCGAGAGGAGGAGUUUAUAACGGAAGCCCAAACGGCUAUGUAUCAAGCACGCUAUUCACCAGAGGAGAACGGAUUGAAAGAGAUUGUGGAGGAGAUCAGAUACGCUGCUUUGAUGCCGACUUCGAAAUUUACGUUCAAGGAUAAACAUGGUUGGGAACCGUCAGAGAUGCUGCUACAUGACUGUAGUUUGGUGCUAGCCAAAAUGGCGAGGUAUCGGAAGAUGCGUAGGGAGAAGGAUGAGACUCGAAGAAAGCGCGGAGGGCGUUUAAAACUGCGGAAGCUUAGCCAAACGAAGUUGUCAGAAGGUACGGGGAUGAAAGUUGAGAGCACUGCUCUAUGGAAAGUACCACGUGUUGGCGAGUUGGAGGAAGUCGAUUACUACAAUGCGAGGGAUACCACAUUGGGAGAAGUGGAAAAAGAGCCUUGCUCCUCGAAGGAUUGA